AUGUCAGACCCUGAACAGGCCAUCUCCUCCCGCACAUUGGUCAUCUCAAGGCAGACUCUCCCACAUCGACCUCUCCGUACUGCCGCCGUCAUCUCCUUUCUGCCAGCCCUGCCACUUUGCAUUGCCCAUGGCUCGUUGUCGCACAGUCUAGUUCCUGGCCUGGGCCUGCUACCACUGUUUAUGUCGGCUUCCGUGUCACUAUACCUGCUUCUGGUAGGUGGCAUCAGGAACACGGGCAAGCUCAAAGGGAAAAGGAAGAUUACCGCCACAGGGGAGUCAUCCUCGAGAAGAAAUAUGGAGUAUGAUGAUGAUGCCGAGGAGACGGAGGUAGACAGGGAGAUUCAAAGGCUGAUUGAUCCCGAGGUUGAGGAGCGUACCUCUAAACGUGAUGGAAGUGAAGAAGAAAGGGAUGGGGAAGGCGAAGAGGGGGUGAGGGCAGUUCUUACUCAUAGGAUCUUUGUGUUCAUGGUCGAUAUCUCACUAGCAGCUGCCAUCAUGGUUGUGCUAGUGUUUACAUGGAUUGGAACGGGUACAGUUUCUGACGAUGAUCGUGCCCGACCGGAGCUCGUCAUGCUGGGAGCGUAUGCGACAGUCCCGCUUUUGCUGAACUUUCUUAUCCACCUCUCCCUUGCUGCCCGCGAGUUCAUCGCUGGCCUUGCCAUACCAGGUCUGAUUGAGUGGACGGCCUGGCGAGCUGUUCCUCCCGAUUGCCCAAACUGCGGCAUCCGUCUGCGCCCUGAUGAGCUUCCUCCCAUCCCAUGGUACGAGUCUCUCGCGAUGCCCAGACUCUCGUUUCCCAAUAUCAAGCCCCUGUACUUCAAAAGGCCCUCUCUUCCGUCAUUCAGGAUCAGCACGCCGAAGUUUCCGCCUUUGAAGAACCGUCAGUGGAGGCUGCCCAAGUGGAUGAGGCAUCAUGACGAAGAAGAGACCGCUAGAUUGUUCGUCAACGAGGAACAGAACGAGGACCCUGAACACUACCAGGACGACCCUGAGGAUGGAUAUGGUGGUCAUGACUCGCAUAGCACGACCGCUGUCGCGACAGGACCCGUGGCUGCUGCGCCCGAAGAAGUCAUUGUCGGGAAAAAGGAUAAGAAGGCAAAGAGCAGCGUGGUCGCAUCCUUGCUCGGGCAUGAGGCUCCGUGGGGAUGA